AUGACGACGAAGCCCUCUACUGAGUUCAGAUCACAUGAUCUUCUCGACCUCAACAUGGACUAUGCCCGCGUUCUUCUUCCAACCAUCAUCUAUAUCAUCAUCAUGAUAUUCGUCGGGGGUUUGGGUAACUCCGCGGUCUUACUGGUUUACUAUAGGACUUUCAAGCCGAGCUCCACCAGGACCUUCAUCCUUUCGCUUGGUGUCAUCAACCUCGUGGCGUGUCUCCUGAACUUUCCCUCGAAGAUCGUGGAGUACUGCUACCACUACACCUUCCACAGUCCCGGGGCGUGUCGGUGGUUGUAUGUGUUGAGAGCGGCGCUGGUGAUGUCCACGGGCUUCAUCUGCGUGGCCAUCGCAAUGGAUCGUCACAGACGAGUGUGUCGGCAGUGCACCGGUCAGUGGUCGGCCAAGGAAGCGAGGAAGGUGGUCGGUGUGUGCGUGAUGCUGGCAGCUAUCGUCAGCGGUCCGUACACCGCCUUCACGGGUGCACGCGAGGUCAGCACGCGCCAUCCAAACGUGACGGGGAUCACGUGUGGGGUGGAGAACCGCCACCUGGGGUCGACCCUGCUGGCGUGGUACCAAGUCCUCCUGAUCGUCAUGUUCCUGUGCGGUUUAAUUGUCAUAGUAACGUGCUACGUGCAAAUAGCUCACAAAGUCUGGAGGCAAACGAAGAGGGUCUCCGAGAUUCAGCGAAAGUCGGUUGAAAUCUUCUGGGGUGAGGAGACACAUCUCAGAAGCGGAGUUUCUUCCGUCAGAGCUGCAUUCGGCAACGGAAGGAUCCCGCGUUGA